UCAUUAUUUUCUUUCUUUACAAUCCCAUUAUUCCCAUUGGAAAGCACUUAAUUAUUUACAAUAUCCCAUAAAAAAACUGAAAAGUUUCGAGCUUUCUUGCUCACGUGCUCAAUCUGUAUCUAUAUGCAAGACAAGAUCAUGGAAAUGUACUAGAGAUUUUGUUGGGUUUGUGAGUAUGAGAAGUUUUUUCCAGUUAUAGGAUUGGUUGGUAGGAAAAUUCAGAAGGUGGGAUCAUCUUAAGAAUCAUUUGGGGGUUUCAGUUGAAAGAGUGCUGUAGCCUGGAAAGAUUUACAUAGAGAGUGGUAUAAGUAAAUUAGAAAUUAAGAUGGGAUCUUUCAUAGGUCAUAUUUUGCCAGGAACCUUGUUUCUUCUAGUUGGGGCAUGGCAUAUAUGGGCUUCUGUGGUGAGAUAUGUAUCAGAUCCCAAGACAUUCCAGGUUCGGGUUUGGAAUCCUGUGCUUGGGUUUGAUGGGAGGAUCAAGCACUUGGAGCUCUAUGUUAUUUCAAUCGGCGCUUUCAUUGACUUGUGCAUCGAGCUCUUAGUUGCAACCCAACUCAGGUUUUUUGUAGGUGGAGUCUUGAAUUCUACUUACUUGAAUAACUUUGAGCACUCGGGAAUGCUUCUAAUGUUUCUUAUCUUCGGUGUUGUUUCCCUGCUUUCAGAAAGGACAAGAUAUCUUCCCUUGCCGGGUGGAGCUCUAUGCUUGAUUGCUGCCACAGCAUUCUGUGCAGAGUAUCUUCUCUUCUACUUUCACUCGACAACACACAAAGGCCUUGAAGGCUAUUACCAUGUCCUCCUCUCCUUCCUGAUUGGGCUUUGUAUUUUAUCUUCAAUUGCUGGAGCACUUUUACCAACCAGCUUCCCAGUUGAUUUAUGUUGUGGCAUUUCCAUAGCCCUGCAAGGAAUCUGGUUCUAUCAGACUGCAUUUGUUCUCUAUGGCCCCAUGCUUCCAACUGGUUGUAGCCUCAAGGACAGUAAUAUCACAUGUCAUUCCAAAGAGAGCGAGCUUCGAGGUGAAUUGCUUGCUAAUGUUCAGGUCUUUGUUGCAGUCUUUGCUGUUCUUGUAGGAACUUUAGCAUCCUAUGGGUUUGCAGCUUCAAGAUAUGGGACUUUUGAAGAGCAUUCUCUGGAUUCAGACUUGAUUAGAUCAAGACCAAAGUAGGGUAUGAUGUUAUGUUUCAGUUCAUUUUUCUAGGGGGCCUUGUUUCUUGUAAAAUGUCUGUAAAUUGAAGUAAACAAGAGCUCGUUUGGAUACAGACUUAUUGGAGCUUAUUUACUAGAAAAAGCUCUAGAUAAGCUCCAUUAAGUGCUCUUUGGUUUUCAUCCAAACGGGUUGCAAGUCUAUUAGUGUGGUGUCAUGACUUUUGAAAUUUAAUAUAAAGUACGCAAGGAAGUUAUUAUUUUAAA